AACUUUGUUGCGUGUAAUCUUUCUUUCCCGCAGUUGUGUCGCCUGGUCCAGUCACGUUUCAAAGAUGCAAAUUUCGACUCUGCUCUCGGCGCUGGUCGUCUUCGGUGGUACAGCUUACGCCGCUCCAACAGGCAUUGAGGUACGAGCAGGUGAGAAUGCCGGCGGCCUUCUGGGAUUGCUCGGCGGAGGCGGAGGCGGAGGCGGAGGCGCAGGGGGAGCUGCUGGUGCCCUAGGUGCGUUGGGCGGCGGAGGUGGAGCUGCUGGUGCCCUAGGUGCCCUAGGUGCGUUGGGCGGCGGAGGUGGAGCUGGUGGUGCACUAGGUGCGUUGGGCGGCGGAGGUGGAGCUGGUGGUGCCCUAGGUGCUUUGGGUGGUUUGGGAGGUGCGUUGGGUGGCGGAGGUGGCGCUGGUAAUGCCCUGGGUGGUCUGGGUGGUUUGGGCGGCGGGGGCGGCGCGGGUGGUGCGGGUGGUGCGGGUGGUGCCAAAGCUAACGCCGUUAGUGGCGCCGGCGGCGCUACCGGCGACGAUGGCGCAUAUACUGGGCUUUCGGCAACUCUCAAUCAGCAGGCUCAGGCGGCAGGAGGUUGUAACACUCCACUCGGUAACGUGUUGUGCGAGGCACGGGACAACAUUUAA